UUUUUGUUCUAUAAAUUCCUGUCCCUAAACACGCAAAGACCUCUUCUCUUUUCCUCUCUUUGCCCACCCUUUUCUUCUACAUCACUCCUUUGCUAUAUAUUUUUUAGUGUUUUCUUUAAACCCCAGUUUCAGCCUUUCAACUGAAGGCUAUCUUUUACACACUUUGAUCUUCACUAGUUGCUUCUUUCCCAUCUUCUUGAAUACUUCCCCAAACCAACUUUUCCCGAUUAGUUUUAUCUCUCUUGGGUUUUUUUCAAGGAUCCGAAACUGAUCAUAAAGUCUGGUCCUUUUCACUCUAGAAACCCACCAUUUCUGCUAGGUUAGGGGUGAUUUUGUUGAAAAAAAAUAUCCCCGUUAAUAUUUUUCCAGGAAAAAUAAAAGUCUAUCUUGAUGUUCAACUUAUUGCUCUUGAUGUUUGAGAUUCAUGUCUCCAAUUCUCAGUGAAAACGUUCUUCUUGAGUGUAUGUUAAUUAAUUCCACAUUCAGGCGCAGGACCCAGUUGGUGCAAUCUUUCUCAGUUGUUUUCCUUUACUGGCUCUACUACGUUUCAUGAUUUUUUUCCAUUUUUCCUUAGCUAUAUAUAUAAAUCUCUACUUAUAAGAUAUAUAAUAACCAGUGCUAUUCUAUAUAUAUAAUAUCAUUAUAAUAUCUUGCUAUUAAUAUUUUUCAGUGUCUUUCAUUAUCUGGGUCCUGCUAAAAAAUCCAUAUCUCUCUCUUGAAAUCUGUUAAAAAAAAAAAAAUUUGUGGGGGUCUUUUUGUUUUUUUGGGUCCAUGGCUUCUUCAACAUCUUCAGGGUCAUCAAGCCAGCUUCAGAACUCAGGCUCCGAGGAAGACUUGCAGGCUUUGAUGGAUCAGAGAAAAAGAAAAAGAAUGAUUUCAAACCGUGAGUCAGCAAGGAGAUCAAGGAUGAGGAAGCAGAAGCACCUGGACGAUCUGACGGCCCAGGUGGCCCAACUGAGGAAGGAGAACCACCAGAUCAUCACACGUGUCAGCAUCACAACCCAGCACUACAUGAGCAUUGAGGCAGAGAAUUCUGUCCUCAGGGCUCAGGUGGGUGAGCUCAGCCACAGAUUGCAGUCCUUAGAUGAGAUUAUCACGUUCUUGAAUGCAAACAAUAGUGGGGUCUUUGGAUCAGCUGUUGCCGAGCCCAUUGAGAGCUUCUUGAACCCCUUGAAUCUGUCCUACUUGAACCAGCCCAUUAUGGCCUCUGCUGAUGUUUUUCAGUACUAAUCUCCAUGUAGGCUUUUCUGGGUUUUUUGAUGCUUGGCAAGGCAAGAUUAAGAGAGAGAGUUUUUUUUUUUUUUUUUUUUUUUUAGGGGGUGUUCAAGGAAUAAGAAAUUGUGUACCAAGAUUUGUGUAAGUCAUGGUUAUUUUGGGUUGAGUUUUCUGAUUACGUAAAAGUGGGGUCUAUUCUAUUAUUAUGAUGUAUGAUGGGGUUCAACGGCAAUUAUUGUAGCCGGUGUUCUUUAGUUUCUUAAUAAUGUUUUGUAAUUGAGGCUUGCUUAUUAAUGUUAUGCUGCCUAUAACUUGUAAUUGUAUGUUAAAAGGCUCCUUAUUUUUACGUGAA